GCGGCAAUGAGUCACCCCGUGUCACCCGUCCGCCACGCGGUGACGGGGACGCGGGGACACCGGCAGAACCGUCGCACGCGGCGCCCGCGGCACACGCUGCCCCACACGGCACCGGGCUGAGCUAGAAGACGGAUGGGAAAGAUGAUUGGCUGCCAGGCGAGGGGCGCCCUGUGAUUGGCCGGAUUCCUGGAGAGCGUCGCCGGAUAGGUGUAUGCGGCAGUGAGGGAGGGGCCGCCCCAGCCCAGCAGCCGCCCCCCCCCGCCCCCCCCCCGGGGCUGCCCCUGACCCGCCCCCCGCGGGGGGGCCCGGGGGGAGCCAGCCCUCCGGCGCCCCAGGAGUGGCUGGAUGCAUCGCACCGUGGAGCCGCUGGGGGGCCGGGCCGGACGGGACCCCUUCACCGUGGGGAGCCUGGCUGCGGCGGGGCCUGGGCCGCCUGCCCCCCCGCCCCUGGCUGACCGGCACCAGGUGUUCUUCCAGCAUCGGGCAGGCGCAGCUGCCCCCCCACCUCGCGCCCCCCCCCAGCGGCAAUGGGGUCCCCUCCCACAAGCCCUACUUCCCCCCAGGGGCCCCCCCCCGGGCCCCCCCCGGGACGCUGGAGUCCCUGCAGGGCUGCGUGCGGGCGCUGCAGCCGCAGCCCUGGGAACCGCCGGGGCCGAUGGCCGAGGCCCCCCCGGAGCUGGAGGACCCCCCCAGCUGCUACCACAGCCCCGCUCGAUGUCACCGAGGCCACCGCGGGGACAUCGCCGCCCGCAUCGGGCGCCUCCAGCAGGCCCAGCUCUGGAGCUUCCCCUCGGGCCCCGUGUCCCCCCCCCGGGCCAGGACCCUGCCCCCCCUCCAGCAGGUCUGGAGCCUGCUGCACCCCGAGGUGACACGGGGGGGGACACGGGGGGGACACCAGGGGGGAUGGGGGAACAGCAGUAUUGCACAUUUUUAAUGUUUCGCCCUGCAGCAGGAGCAGCGGGAGGCCAGCCUCCGUCUGUCUGUCCGUCCGUCCCCCUCCGGACAGGGAAGGCGGGUGCUGGUGCGUCCUUGUCACCCGCUGGCCACAGAGGGGACCUGAGUGUGGCCACCUGUCCCCCGUCACCCGCCUCCGUGUGUGUCAGUGGGCUGGUGGCCACGGAGGGGACCUCAGCCUGGUGGCCUGUCCCCGUCACCCGCCUCCGUGCGUGA